AUGUCCAGCCAUGAAUUUUCUUCACCUGAUCUAUAUGCCUCAAGGCUAAUGGAUCCAAAAAUAAAUUUCAAAACCAAGUUGACAAUUGCUACAAAUUUGAGAGAUUCUGUUGAAAUGUAUCAAAAUUCAGAUUAUCCUCGUUUUUUACAUUAUUUAAUGCCAGUUUUAAACAAUAUUCUUCAAAACGAGCCACCAGUAUUUGAUAGUAACUCAGAAGAACAAAAAUUACGCAACCUUUAUUUAGAAAUUUUACAUAGGCUACCACAAAAUGAAUCACUUAGACCCUUUGCACCCGACUUAUUGAAACUUGUAAUGAAUUUAUUAAAAAAAGAAAAUGAAGAUAAUGCUGUGAUAUGUUUAAAAAUAAUUAUAGAAUUGCAUAGAUGUCAUAAAAAUUUACUUGAAGAUCAAGUUCAACCAUUUUUAGAUAUUGUAAAAGAAAUGUAUGCAAAUAUGGAAAAAGCAGUAAGGGAUGCCUUUGAUACUCCUGGGACUGCGGUUGCAACGCCUAGUGCUAGUACGCCGGUGCAAUCAUCUAUGCCUAUCCCACCUUCGCCACGUCCUUCAUCUCCAGUAUCAGAUGUAACAACCAAUGAAUCUACUCCAAAUAAAGUAUUGGCCGAUAGUUUACACAGUUUCAAGGUUUUAACAGAAUGUCCAAUUAUUGUUGUGCUAAUUUUUCAAUCACAUCGCAAUGUUGUGAAUGAAAACAUCCAAAGCUUUUUACCACUUAUUAUAAGAACAUUAAGUCUUCAACCUCAACCACAAGCUGAGGCACAUGAAGCAGCAAAAGCUAGAGGUGAAAUUUUUGUUGGUGUUGCUCCAGGGAUAAGAGAUAAAGUGAAAUAUACAGAAUUUAUUGUUGCUCAAGUUAAAACAUUGGCUUUUUUGGCAUAUGUUUUGAGAGCUUAUACUACAGCAUUAUCUCGUUACCAAGAUCAAGUUCCAGAAUUUAUAAUUCGUCUUCUUCAUGAUUGUCCUACAGAAGCAUCAGCUACUAGAAAAGAGCUCUUGGUAGCUACACGACAUAUUCUUUCAACAGAGUUUCGUAAUGGUUUUAUUAAUAAAUUAGAUAUUCUUUUGAAUGAAAAAGUACUUAUUGGUACUGGGGUUACAGUUUUUGAUACAUUAAAACCUCUGGCAUAUAGCAUGUUGGCAGAUUUACUUCACCACAUCCGAGAUAAACUUACACUUCAACAACUUUCAAAGAUUGUGUAUAUAUAUUCAUGCAUUUUGCAUGAUCCAACUUUCACACCAAAUAUUCAAACAAUGUGUGCAAAAUUAUUAAUACAUUUAAUAGAAUCCAUUUUAAAUAAUUCUCACAGAGAUGAACAUUUUGAUGUUCGAGAUAUACUUAUUAAAACAUUAGAUACUUUUGCAAAUAAAUUUGAGAAUUUAAACAUCUUAUUUCCUACUAUUCUUCCACAACCAAUUCAUUCAAAUAUGACCAGUGAAAUUCAAAUAGAUCUUCUUAAUGAUGGCCGUGUUUUAUUUAGGACUCUUGUGGCAGGUAUUAAACCUCUUAUUCAUUGGUUAAAACAAUGUAACAAUAGUAUAACUAUGCAAAAAAUUAACUCUUUAACACUUGGAGUCACUCAAGAACAAGUUGAAAUCUUUAUUCAACUAUUUAGAGAAGGAAUUCGUUGUUUUGACUACUUUAAUGUUGACAAUCUUGAUAAUAUGUCUCAAGCAAAACUUUCUGAAAAAUUGUUAACAAUUGAAUCUGCAAAUAGAAUUACUAAAUUGGAAAAAGAAGCAUUGGAUCAUUUUGGAUUGGCUUUUGUUAUUGUUGACCCAAUAAUAUUUCAAGAGAUUUUUUCAUCACAAAUGGACUUUUUUUUUGAACAGAUGUUACAAAACCAUUCAUUACUUCAAAUUUCUCAUUGUUUUCUAACAACCAAUGAUAUCAUAUCUCUUAGUUUCUCCGGAAUUUUAUUGCGAUUUUUAGUGGAUAGGUUGGACAAACUUGGAGGAACAGAUACAAUAUAUUCUUCAGUUAUGCUUAGGCUAUUCAAAUCAAUUUUCCAACCGCUUACCCAGUUUCCUAAUCAUAAUGAAGCAGUUCUUCAACCACAUGUUGCAAACAUUAUCACAUCAUCUAUGAAAUUUUCUGCAAAGGCUAAAGAACCAAUUAAUUAUUUUAUUCUUUUAAAAACACUUUUUAGGUGCCUUGCAGCUGGCAAGUAUGAAAUUUUGUACAGGGAAAUUUCUCCAUUGUUACCAAUGCUACUAGAAGGAUUAAACAAAUUUUUAACGUUAACACAAAAGCAACAAAUGCAAAACUUGUUUGUUGAGCUUUGUCUUACAGUUCCUGUUCGUUUGAGUUCACUCCUCCCAUAUCUUAAUUAUUUGAUGAAACCUCUGGUUUUAGCAUUAAAAGCAGGUCCAGAUUUAGUUAGUCAGGGGCUUCGUACUUUAGAACUUUGUAUUGAUAAUUUAACCCCAGACUUCUUAGAUCCUAUAUUAGCACCAGUAAUUAAUGAAUUGAUGCAUGCACUUUGGAGACAUCUUAAACCACCACCUUAUGAUCAAAAAUAUAGCUAUUCAGCCAUGCAAAUCUUGGGUAAACUUGGAGGUCGAAAUCGCCGUAUGUUAAAAGAUCCACCAAAACUUAAUACAAAUUAUUCUUUACUAAGCACUCUUGAUCUGCAAAUUUUUUUCAAUUCAAGUUCUGCUUCAUACUCAAUUCAACUAGACGAAUAUCUAAAACUUGCUGGAAAUAUUUUACAAGAUCCCAAUGCUUCUAAUUUUUAUAAAAUACAUGCAUAUAAAUUUAUUGUUUCAUUAAUUCCACUAUUUUUUGAUUUAGAUGAAGGUAGCGAAGACAUAGGGAAAUUAAUCAGGGCACGUCUACAUAAAGUAAUUUUUCCAACCAUUAAUAUAGAAUCAAAAAAUAAUAAAAGCCUAAGUGAUGAAAAAAUGGAUCUAGAUAUAGAGACACCUAAUGAUAUUCAAAUUUUACCAAGUCAACAAUUAAUUAAAAGCAAAACUAAUAAAGAUGGCGAAAAGAAUAUUUCAAAAAAGAAAGCCGUACAAGAGGAGACAUUGAAAAAUGUUUUAUGUGCUUUAUUUUUUGCCUCAUCUUUGUCUGAACUUAAAGAAUAUUCAUGGCCAUUCUUACAAAAUAUUUGUCGGCAUUUUGCAUUUUUAGAGAUUGGUGAAUUAAUUGAAUUCAAUAAAGCAAAAAAGGAAAGAUUUAAUUUUAAUGUUGAUGAUAAAAGAUACAGUUUUGAGACCAAGGCAAUGUUAGAGGCUUUAAUUGAAACCAUUACAUCUGAAAAUCUUAAAUUACGUAGUUUGGCAAGUUCAGCUAUAACAAUUAUUUAUGAAGCUUGUUUAUUAAUUUCUGGAUCAAAACAAAUAAUUAGCCAUUGUCCUUUCUUCUUUUUCCUAGCUUCAAGAUUUUGUUCAUGCUGUUACCAACAAGAAUGGUUUUAUAAAAGUGGUGGUUGUUUAGGCAUAUCUAUAAUAAGUUCUCAACUUAAUAUGGGCAUUAAAUGGAUGUUAGAUCAUGAGAUAGAAUUCGUUAAAGCUCUUCUUUUUGUAUUGAAAGAUAUUUCUCCUGAAUUUGCAGCUGGAAAUAUUGAGGAUGUACCACAAAUUCUCUUACGUAUUAUUGAGAUUUGUAACCAACAAAAUUCAUCAUCAAUUGAUAGUGAUGUUGAAAUUCAAGAUUCUAAUGAUAAAAAAAUCAAGUUUGAUAAGCUUAUAAUCACAUUAACUUCAGAAUUAUGCAAUGUAAAUGAGUCUGUAAGAGAAACAAUACAUUCAGCAUUUAAACUUUUAAGUGAAUUGACUCAAAGGACUAUUACCUGUUUACUUUCCCAAGCUAAAGACAUUUUAAUUAAUUUAAUGUUUGGUCAACCUCUUAGAGCUUUACCAGUUUCAAUGCAAAUAGGUCGUAUUGAUGCUAUUACCUAUUGUUUAACACUGCAGCCACAAUUCUUAACAUCUCAAUAUUACGAAGAUCUUACAAGGAUACUUGGUGAAGUGGUGUUUUUAGUUGAUGUUGAAGAUGAUCAGGCUUUAUUGAGUCGUAAUUCAUUAUAUAAGAAUCCAUCUGUCUUGAAUAAACUUCGUAUUGUCUGUUUGAAAUUAUUGAAAGCAGCAAUGACUUUGCCUGAUGAAUUAUUUUCUGGAAAUAAUCCAAAUGUUACUAGACCACAUAUUAUUGGUAUUUUUUUCAAAACAUUACAUAUGAAUGUUCCAGAGAUUAUUGAAGUAGGAACAAAGGCUCUUCAACAAGUCAUUCAACAGCAACACAAACUGUCUAAAGAUCUUUUACAAUUGGGAGUUAGACCAAUUUUAAUUAAUUUUUCGGAUCCUAAAAAAUUAACAGUGUCUGCAUUAGAUUGCUUAGCAAGAUUAUUGGAAUUGCUUAAAAGUUAUUUUAAACCAGAGAUAGGCAAAAAAUUGUUAGAUCAUCUCCAACAAUGGGCUGAUUCAAAUUUUUUAGCAUCCACCGCAGGAAAGUCACUCACUGAAAAUGAAAAUAUUAAAGUUAUUGUUGCAAUCUUAAAUAUAUUCCAUCUACUACCUUCAUCUGCAAAUAGUUUUUUGGAAAACUUGGUACCUAUGGUUUUAAAUUUAGAAGAAAAAUCAUGUCGUUCCAUAUCAAGCCCUUUUCGUUUACCUCUUACAAAAUUUUUAAAUAGAUACCCCACAGAAUCUGUUGAGUACUUUUAUAAUAAAAUUAAGGAUUAUCAGUAUAGUCAAUUGUUCAUCAACAUAUUGGGUACUGAGGAGGCUUUAAAACUUAGAGAGGAAAUAAAGAACAAUCCAGUAAAAUUGAUAGAAAAGGUUUCAAGUAUUCAACAUUCAGAUGCAAGUAAUUAUGUUGAUACUUUAAUCAGAACAAUUUUGAUUAUUAGACAGAUUAUCAAAUUUGAUCCAAAAUGGUUAUCAGAAAUUUCAUCAACCCCUGUCCUGAUAUUUUUAAAAGAAGCUUGGAGGGAUCAAGGCCGCAUCAAUAGACUAAAAAAUGAAAGUACUUUAAACUUAAAACAAAUGCAUGAAUCUAAAUAUUUAUUAGAGAUUUUCUGUGUUUAUUUGAAAGAAAAGCCAGAAGAUAUCGAUUUGCUUUUUGAAUUUGUUUCUAUUUUCUCAAAUAAAAAUAUUAUUGAUUAUACAUUUUUAAAAAGAUUUUAUCAUGAAGAAGUUGCCAAAAAAUAUCCAGUUACACAAAAGCAAGCAAUCCUCAAAAAGUUCCUAGACACAUUUUCUGAUCCAAAUAUUCCACCUAACAUUAAAACACUAUCACUAAAGAUAAUAAUUACACCAAUGUUAUUAUAUGAUUUUGCCAAACACUGUGAGUCAAACAAUUUAAGCCUUUCUGUCUCUAACACCUACCAGGAGCAUGGAAAAAUUAUUGAUACUACUCAAAUGGAUAAAAUUCAAUCUUUAUGGCAUUAUCUGGCAGAUAACCAUGAUGAAAUAGAGGAUUCCUUACGCAUAGAAGUUCUUCAAUUUUCAACAGUUAUUGUUAAAAGUGUACCAAAUCUCAUAACUACACGUAGUCCACUUGUUAAAUUUGGAUGGAAUUGGUCAAGAGUUGAUGAUAUUACAGCAAAACAUUCAGCAUUUGUGUUUCUAGCUGCAUGUUUUGCUGAAUUUGACCAGGUUAAUUUAAAAAUGCUAUUUCAAUCUUAUACAGCACUAUUAAAAGCUCACCAAGUAGAGGCAAGGGUGCUGGUAAAACAAGCAUUGGAUAUGCUUGCACCUAAAUUUAAUAUCUCACCUCAAUCACAGUCAUUUGAUGAAUCAAAAAAAGACUCAAAAAAGAAAUCGCCACCAAAUUGGAUUGUGUAUACAAAAAGGAUUCUUUUGGAAGAUGGAUAUGGUCUGACUCAACUAAUUAAUGUUUAUCAGUUACUUGUUAGACACCCUGAUUUAUUUUAUGAAUACAGAGAACAUUUUAUGCCACAAAUUGCCAACACAUUAACCAGGUUAGGAUUACUGCAAAAUGCAACACCUGAAACCAGAUUAUUAACAAUAGAUCUUGCUGAGUUGAUUCUCAAAUGGGAACGUUGUCGCCUCAAUGAAAAUAAUAUGAAUGAACAAAACAUUAGUAGCCCAGCAUCAUCUACUCCUACUGCGAGCCCUGGAAAGCGACGCAUAGAGUUAGAAACUGAGUUUUCACCAAAAAAACGACAAAAUCUAGAAUAUGGUUUUUCAGAAUCAAGGAAUUUAUCUGAAUACAAUACAAAUUACAUUCCCAACAAUUAUUUACGCGAAAACGUUGUCAAUUAUCUUGUCAGAUUUGUGUCUGCUUCCAGUGACCCUAUUAGUAAAAAUUUAUUAGCACACAGAGCUCUUGAUCUAAUUAAGGAACUUUUACAGCCCGAGUUCUGGCCUGAAGUUAAUGUGAAAUUGAAUUCUUUUGAACGUGCAUUGAAAUUUAAUGAAGUUAGCAAUAAUAUAGACUGUAUUUGUAAUAACUUAGAAGCUUUAAAUGUUAUUUUGGAAAAGAAACCCUCGGAAUAUUGUCGUAUAAAUUUAGUUCAUCUACAACCAUUACUUGAACGUAGUAUUAUAAGUAAUAUUAUGUGUAUUCAAAGAUGUCUUAAUCCUGUUUUAAUUCACAUAUAUAAAGCUAUAACUCCACCUCUUGUUGAAGACGAAUUAGCUCAACAAUCUGAACAAACUAUGACUGCUACAACUAAAACAAACAUUACAAACAUAGUACCUGCAUCAACAUCAACACCAUCAGCGAUGGAAACAACUACAACCAAAGCUACUAGUAGUACUAACACAACCAUUGAAAUUAUAACAAACACUUCUACACCAGAUGCAGAAAUAGGAUCCUUUACUCAAUUAGUUAAUAAUACAAUACAAGACGCUAUUCAAGAUCCCAACAAUUUAUAUCAAGCAAUGAUGUUAUUAAAGGCUAUCAGUUGUACUAUACCAAAAAACAUCGAUCCUUUUCUAAAUGGAAUAAUUAAUUCAAUACAAACACUUAUAAAAAGAAUAAUUCCGCAAGAAACAAGUCCUACUAAUAAAUUAAUAACUAAUCAACAAUCCUUAGACACUUAUAUCAAUGUGCUUAUAAUUGCAUUAAAUUUAGCCAAUUUAAGAAUAACAGAACUCAAUGAAAUGAGACAAAGUUUUACUGCAUCUCUUUUACAAUUAAUUGAAAACUCAAAAGAUAUUGAACUGGCAAAAACUAUUUUUAACAUGGUGAAACAAUGGAUAUUAAACAAAGAAUUAUUGCCUACUAUGGAAGAAAAGACAAAAUUAUUAGUUAGCAUGUUGUGCUAUGAAAAAUUGGAAGAUAAUAGUUUGAUUGAAAAUGUAUUUGAACUUGUUAUUAAAAUAUAUAGCGAUCCUUUAUUUUCAAGGAGUGAAUUGUCAGUUAGAUUAGAAAAGGCUUUUUUAAUGGGAACUUGUUAUAAACAUUCCAAAAUUCGUAAUCAAUUUAUGGAGAUCUUUGAUCAUAGCUUAUCUAAAGUUUUACCACCACGGCUUCAUUAUAUUCUUGAUAAGCAAAAUUGGGAAUUACUUGGUGAUUAUUUCUGGAUACAUCAAGCCUUGGAUCUUUUAAUCGGCGCAAUUUCUCAUAAAAAAAGUAUUCAAAUGACACACAAUUUACAAAUCAAAUCAAUCGCAACACUAGGUGAUUUAUCAUCUUUUACAGAUUCUUCAGAAAGCAUUGAUCAAAAAUUUGAGGAUUUUCUGCAAAAACACAGGGAAUUUUUAUUUGAAGUUAAAAAAUUAUGUGUUGGAGAUCUAUUAUCACCUUUAAAACAGCUCCACCAAUUAGACAAUAAAAUAGCAUAUGAUUUAUGGGUCCAUCUUUUCCCAAUUUGUUGGUCAGCUAUAAACAAUAAAGAAAGACAAGAUUUAACCAACAAAUUAGUGACACUUUUAUCAGAAGAUUAUCAUGAUGUUCAAAAAGAUUUCCAACCAAAUUGUAUACAAGCAAUAUUAGAUGGAAUAUCACAUUGCUCACCUGUUCUGAAAUUGCCGCCACACUUGAUUAAAUACCUUGGUAAAUUACAUGGGGCUUGGCAUAUUGCAAUGGCAAUUUUGCAAAAUGCAACGUCUGAAAAGGAUAAAGAUGAUGAAAGAUUCAAAGAGCUUACUAUAGAUGCCUUGGCUGAUAUUUAUUCCAGUUUAUCGGAAGAUGAUAUGUUUUAUGGUCUAUGGAAGAGGCAUUGUAAAUAUCUUGAAACCAAUAUUGCAAUUUCAUAUGAACAAAAUGGAAAUUGGUUACAAGCACAGAUAGAAUAUGAAAACGCAUUAAAUAAAUCAAAUACUUCAGGAUCAAUAUGUUCUGAAACUGAAUACAUAUUAUGGGAAGAUCGUUGGAUAUUAUGUGCAGAAAAAUUGCAACAAUGGGAUAUUCUUUAUGAUUUAGCAAAGGAUGAAAACAACAAAGAUUUACUGUUAAAUUGUGCAUUCCAUUUAGUAAAUUGGACAAAUGAAAAGGAACUAAGUGAACAAAUUUCUUAUUUAUCAUCACUUGAAAUAUCCAAAAACCCGCAAUAUAAAAUAUUUGAAUCAUUCAUAGCUUUAAUGAAUUCAAAUCAUACUCAUAAUUUUGAUGAUUAUAAAAAGUUUAUCAGAGAAGCCAAUCAGUUGGCACUACAAAAAUGGUGUACACUUCCAAAUAUUGUGUCAGAAAGCCAUAUACCAUUAUUGCAUUCAUUUCAACUUAUGGUGGAAUUUGAUGAAGCAACUAAAAUAUUUUCCAAUUUAUCAAAUUGUAAUGUUCAAAGCCCAGAUAGUCAAAAUGAAGUUAGAAAUGUUCUUUCAAGUUGGAGAGAAAGAUUACCAAACAUGUGGGAUGAUAUUAACAUUUGGAGUGAUGUUGUUGCUUUUAGAAAACAUAUUUUUAAUGUUAUUAGUAAAUCAUUUGAACAGUUUCAAAACAUACAAGUAAAUUCUAAUCAUCGUGGACAUCAUGAAACUGCAUGGAUUAUCAACCGAUUUGCACAUGUUGCAAGAAAGCAUCAACUUUAUGAUGUUUGUACAGAAUUUUUGCAAAAGAUUUAUGCUUUGCCAAAUAUUGAGAUUAAUGAAGCGUUCUUGAAGCUGAGAGAACAAACAAAAUGCCAUUAUCAAAAUAAUGAAAUGAAUCAAGCUCUAGAUGUUAUAGUUAAUACAAAUUUAAACUUUUUCAGCACACAACAAAAGGCAGAAUUUCAUACUUUACGAGGAAUGAUAUAUCUUAAGUCUAACCGGGACCAAGAAGCUAACGAAUCAUUUUCUAUAUCUGUAACAAAUGAUAUGCGUCUUGCCAAAGCUUGGGCUGCAUGGGGUUAUUACAAUGAUCGCAAAUAUAAGGAGAAACCUAAUGAAAUUGUUUUGGCUGUAUAUGCUUUAACUUGUUAUUUACAAGCCGCGAGUCUUUAUAAUUCAGCUAAAUCUAGAAAACUAGUAAUUCGUAUCUUAUGGCUUUUAUCUCUUGAUGAUGCACAAGGAACGAUUUCAAUUGUUUUUGAGACAUUUUUCAAUAAAACAGAAGUUCCUGUAUGGUAUUGGAUAACUUUCAUACCCCAACUUAUUAUAUGCCUAAUGCAUAAAGAGGCAAAACAUGCUCGUGGCAUCCUUAUGAAAAUUGCUAAACAAUAUCCUCAGGCAUUACACUUUCAAUUAAGAACAGCAAGAGAAGAAUAUUUGUUGGUGAAAAAACAAGUAGCCAUUGCUCAAACACAAGCUCGUGCAGCACAACUAUCAUCAACUAUUGCUAAUAAUCCAGGAGCAUCAUCAACACAAUUAGUGACUCCUGUAAUUUCUUCAACAUCACAAAUUGGUUCUAAUAUUGCAAACAUUGGAAAUGUACAACAACCAAUCCCACAAAAUGUUGGACAGAGUAGUUCUAAUCAAGGAAGUCCUCCUGCUCAAAUUAAUAUUCUUGGAGUUAAUACCAAUCAAUCGAAUCAAAUGUCUUCUCAACCUCAAAGUCCUGCCAUACAAGGAAUUAAUGUUCUAAGUAUGUCAACGCCUCCAACUCUUUCCAACAAUAUCACAGUACAAAAUAUGCAAAACAUUAAUUAUUUGUCUAAUGGAAAACUGUCUGCUAAUUCUUUAAGUAAUAUGCAAGGUACAACUCCAACAGUUGCUGAAACAGGAAGAUCGCCUAUUACACAAUCACCUGGAAUGAGUCCAAUUCAUCAUCAACGUACCUUGCCAAAUAUUGCGACUACACCACAACCCCAACUCAUAAUAAAGCAACCAUGGGAACAUGUUGAAGAUAUAAUGUCUACUUUAAAAACAUCUUUUCCUUUAUUGGCUUUAACAAUGGAGACUAUGGUUGAUCAAAUUCAACAACGUCUUAAGCCAAAUUCAGAUGAGGAUAUUUAUAGAUUGAUUGUUGCACUUUUAAAUGACGGUUUACAGCAAAUAACAAAUAGAUUGACUCAAAAUCAUGACAUUGAAUCAAUUACACACACUACUGAAAUGAAUGUCAAAAGAUUUGCUGAUAAUCUAAGUCUUGGUCCAAUAAAGACUGCCUUUGAAGAAGAUUUUAUUAAAAGAAAACCUAAUUUCACACAAUAUGUUGAAAAUCUUCGUAGAUGGAGAGACAAGUUUGAGGUUAUAUUGGACAGCAAACCACGUAAACAACAUCUAGAAUAUUUUAGUGCCUAUUUGGUUGAAUUUCAGCAUCAAAAAUUCGAAGAGGUAGAAAUUCCUGGACAGUAUCUAUUGCUUAAAGAUAACAAUAAUUCAGAUUUUAUUCGUAUUGAUCGUUUUAUGUCAGAAAUUGAAAUAAUUCGAUCUCAUGGUUUUUGUUAUCGAAGACUUACUAUACGAGGACAUGAUGGUAGUCUUCACCCAUUUGCAGUUCAGUACCCAUCAGCAAGGCAUAGUCGACGUGAAGAACGAAUGUUACAACUCUUCAGAAUCCUAAAUAGUGUAAUCGAACAUCACAAAGAAAGCCGUAAACGAAAUCUAUCAUUUCAUCUUCCUCUAAUAAUUCCAUUUGCUCCACAAGUUAGGAUAGUGCAGGAUGAUCCAUCAUACUGUUCUUUACAAGAUAUAUAUGAAGAUCAUUGUGAUGAUAUCAAGAUAUCAAAAGAUGAGCCCAUUAUUUAUUUUAUUAAUAAAAUGAAAUCCAAUAUAAGUCAUACAACUACAAGAAAAGAUGUUAUAAAUCUCAAAAUUGAGAUAGCAAGAAAUAUUCAAUCAAAGUAUAUACCAAAUGAUUUCAUUGCCAAAACUAUCAAAUCACAUGAGGAACUUUGGUCAUUUAAGAAACAUUUUACUUCACAAAUGGCAUCUGUAUCUUUUAUGACAUAUCUAAUUUGUGUUGGUCAAAGACAUCCACACAAAUUUCUGAUAUCUCGAAAUACUGGUAACAUUUGGUCCAGUGAAUUAAUUCCGAGUUUUGCACAAGGAGCUCCAAUGUUUCAAAACCAGGAACCUGUUCCUUUCCGGUUUACUCGCAGUAUACAACAAUUUAUGACGCCAAUUGGUAUAGAAGGAAUUUUUUCUUCAGCAAUGCUUGCUAUUGGUCGAUGCUUGACUGAACCAGAGUUUGAUUUAGGCCAAUACUUGAGUAUUUUUAUUCGUGAUGAGUUAAUCACAUGGCAUUAUAUAAGUCAAAAACACCCUAAUGAUCAACUGCUUCGACAGAAAGUCUUAGAAACUGUUGAUCAAGUUGUUAAUAAGGCAAAGAUGAUUGGGAAUAUUGAUAGUAAUUGUGAUAAGAAUGGUAAUAGGUCAAUGUAUAGCUCAAUUUCGGACUUAAUAGCAAUGGCAAGUAACCCACAAAAUUUAGCAAAUAUGGAGGUUAUAUGGAUGCAAUGGUUAUAA